AGCGAGAAAGAACACUUAAAAAGGCGGCUUCUGGGCAGAAGACUCCUUGCCUUGUCAGCGUAAGCCACUUGUGUGGCUCUGAAAUUUAGUUCUCUUUUCUGUGACGUGUAAUUGAGGCUGCUUCCUCAUCGUUGCAGGUCAGCAGCGAUCACUUUCAUCACUCUUUCCACACACACACACACACACACAACCCCGCGUAGUCUUCAAUGCCACCCAAACGAAAGGAGGAACCAACGAGGCAGCUGUCAGACAACUUUUGCUUCGCGGACGGUAGUAUUUAUCGCGGGGAUUACUCUGUGAAGCAGGAUGGAUGGUUCGAUGCACAAGGGCCAGCGCUUGGCUCCUCUGCUUCUCCGUCAACUGCAAAGAAGCACGCGCCAGCCAUUUCUUCGUCUGCAGCCGGCGUGACGGUCUCAGCUCCCGGUUCCACCGGCUUGGAUUCAACUAUACACGGAUACGGUUGCCUGGAAGAUGCAUCCGGAGCACGAUAUGAUGGGGAGUGGCACAAUGGGGAAAUGGACGGUAUCGGAACGCUUUACAUGCCUAGCGGAGGCAACUACACCGGCGAGUUUUCACACCACACGUUUCACGGGAUCGGGCGCUACACCUGGGCAGACGGGUCUUAUUAUGAGGGCGAAUGGCAGCGAAAUCAAAUGCACGGCACCGGUGUAUACGUGGAGCGCACCGGAAAGCGCUGGCACGGCGUUUUUAGCAACGGAAGCGCAGCAAAGCUGGUCGCCAGAAUUGUGCUGUAG